GGCGUCUAUCUCAUCACACCUAUAAAUCCUCUCUCUCUCUCUAUGUGCUGUGCAGGUGCAACUGCGACCCCACCACACACACACUCAUACGCCUUCUUCCUCUACUACCUGCUCAUACACCUGCUUGGCAUUUCAGCACCAAGAGAGGAAAGGCGCGUAGUGCCACACAGAGAGAGAGAGCGAGACAGAGAGGGGGCUGUUGAGGAGGCCUGGACGAACGCCAUUGAUGCGGCAGCAGCAGUAGGAGGAGGAGCAGAGAGGGGCAGCAGCAGCAGCUGAGGCCAGGCUCAAGAAACCGAUCGAGAGGCCAAGGGAACCAUGGAGCCUGCGCCGGGACGGAGAGGGAGAUGCCUGCCGCUGCUUCUCCUUCUGGGGGCGCUCGUCCUCGCAUUGGCCGGCGGCGCGACCGCGGCCGCGUGGCCUCACCCUCACGGCCACGGCGGCUCCGUCGGUCUUGCCGCUGCCGCCGACGGUGCCGGCAUGGCCAGGACGGCCGGCGGCGAGCGGUGGUACCGGGAUCUCGCGCUCAGGAGGAUGGAGAGCGUCAGAUCCUCCUUCGGGGCCAGAAGAGAUUUGGCAACGGCUUCCGCGAGCACGCGGGUGUACCACGUGACGGACUACGGCGCGGACCCGACCGGCGCGACCGACGCGACGGCCGCGAUCAACAAGGCCAUAGCGGACGCGUUCAGCCCGCCGAACAACGCCACCAUGACCGGCGGCAUCCCCGACCUCGGCGGCGCCGAGGUGCACCUCGACGGCGGCACGUACCUCAUCAAGGGCCCCCUCACCCUGCCGGCAUCCGGCGGCGGCAACUUCAAGAUCCACAGCGGGUCACUGCGCGCGUCCGACGACUUCCCGACGGACCGGUACCUGAUCGAGCUGUCGGCGACCAAGAGCGGGCGGAGCUACGACUACGAGUACGCGACGCUGCGUGACCUGAUGCUGGACUGCAGCUACCGCGGCGGCGGCGUGACGGUGGUGGACUCGCUCCGCGUCGCCAUCGACAACUGCUACGUGGCGCACUUCGCGUCCGACGGCGUCGCGGUGCGCGGCGGCCACGAGACCUUCAUCCGCAACACCUUCCUGGGCCAGCACAUGACGGCGGGGGGCGACCCCGGGGAGCGCGGCUUCACGGGCACGGGCAUCCGCCUCGACGGCAACGACAACUCCGUCUCCGACGUCGUCAUCUUCUCCGCGGCCACGGGGAUCAUGGUCACCGCGCCGGCAAACUCCAUCUCCGGCGUGCACUGCUACAACAAGGCCACGGGGUUCGGGGGCACGGGGAUCCACCUCAAGAUCCCGGGGCUCACCCAGGCGUGGAUCAGCAACUGCUACAUGGACUACACCAGCAUCGUCGCCGAGGACCCCGUGCUGCUCCACGUGUCCGGGUCUUUCUUCCUCGGCGACGCCAACGUCGUGCUCAAGGCCGUCAACGGCGUCGCCAGGGGCGUACAGGUCGUCGGCAACAUCUUCAGCGGCCGGGACAAGGGCGUCGACAUCGUGCAGCUGGACGGCAAGUUCACCACCGUGGACCAGGUGUACGUGCAGCAGAACUCCGCCACGGGGAUGACCAUCAAGUCCACCUCGGCGCGCGCGUCGGCCGACGGCAACGGGAGCUCCUGGACGCUCGACUUCUCGCCGGUGCUGCUGUUCCCGGACCGCAUCGGACACGUGCAGUACUCGCUCGUCGCCGGCGACGAGUUCCCGAGCCACACGCUCCGGAACGUGUCCGGCAACCAGGUCGUCGUCGCCACAGACAAGGCCGUGUCGGCCACGGUUCACGUGCUGGUGGACCAGAACAGCGACUGAGAUGAGAAUUAAUGAGAUGGUGCGUGCGUGCGGUGCGUGCUGCUGCCUGCUCGUGCGGCUGCUGCGAGCAAGGCGUUGUUAUUCGUUCGUUUCUUCUUCUUCUUCUUGCAUAUUUCAGCCAUUCACAUUAUUCAUGUCGUCAGGAAGAUGGCAGUUGUUUGAUCGACAAAAUGCUCCAGAAUGGAUCAUUUUUUUUUCCUGUCUGAAAUGGAAUGACCCAGAAGCUCGACUAA